GAAACCCUUGAAAAUAAACAGAGCUAUUCGGUUUCUCAUCAUUCUCCGGUCUCCUGUACGCCUCGUACGGUAAUCAGCCAUUAUUAUCUGUUGAGAGCUCGAUUCGUAUAACCUCCUUUGCAACAUAUGGCUGCACCUGGGGAAAAUUUUGGUGAACCUGAUAUGACUGGUACACCUGGGAAUACACAGCCUCAACCAAAACGUGGGCGUGAUGAUGAUUCAGGAGUAUCUGGUGGCGAAAAGAGGUGGCCUGGAUGGCCAGGGGAGAGUGUAUUCCGAUUAUUGGUUCCUUCACAAAAAGUUGGUGGUAUCAUUGGCCGUAAAGGAGAGUUCAUCAAAAGAAUGUGUGAGGAGACGAGGGCUCGUAUUAAGAUUCUUGAUGGUCCUCCAGGCACUUCAGAAAGGGCUGUGUUGAUUUCAGCAAAAGAAGAGCCUGAUGCUUCUAUUCCUCCUGCAAUGGAUGGCUUACUGAGGGUUCAUAAACGGAUUGUUGAUGGUUUAGAUGGUGAUGUCGCUCAUGCUCCGCCAAAUGGUGGUGUUACCAUAUCAACGAGGCUGCUAGUGGCUGCUACACAAGCUGGUAGUCUAAUUGGAAGGCAGGGUGCUACCAUAAAAUCUAUUCAAGAAGCAUCUAAUUGUAUUGUUCGAGUUCUUGGGCCAGAAGAUCUUCCAGUUUUUGCCCUGCAAGAUGAUAGAGUUGUUGAGAUACAAGGGGAGCCUUCAGGUGUGCACAAAGCAGUUGAGCUAAUUGCAUCUCAUCUCAGGAAAUUCUUAGUUGACCGCAGUGUAAUUGGAUUAUUUGAAAUGCAUAUGCAAAUGCCAAACUCCCAGAUGGAGCAUAACAUGCCACCGCACCAGUCCUGGGGCCCACCUUCUCAGGGCCUACCCCCAAAUGUUGGUGGUGGUCCUGGUUAUGGGGCUAAUCCUCAAUACAUGCCGCCCCAACGGCAACAUGAGAAUUAUUAUCCACCAACUGAUAUGCCUCCCAUGGACAAACAACCUCACCAAGGCCUGUCUGCUUAUGGAAGAGAAGCACCUAUUGGGGCUCAUCCUUCGGCAAACACACAGCAGCCACCAUCGAUCAUUACACAGGUCACACAACACAUGCAAAUUCCUCUGUCCUAUGCUGAUGCUGUAAUUGGGACAGCAGGAGCAAGUAUAAGUUACAUUCGACGGGCUAGUGGGGCAACGAUCACAAUCCAGGAAACAAGAGGUGUGCCCGGUGAAAUGACUGUUGAGAUAAAUGGAACUUCCUCUCAAGUUCAAGCUGCUCAGCAGUUGAUACAGAAUUUCAUGGCUGAAGCAGCAGCCCCAGCACAGAACCCAGUUGGGGGUUCCACCGACCAAGGCUAUAAUUCUUAUCCAGCGCAUGGUUCUAUGUAUGCUUCUCCGCCAUCCAAUACAGGGCAUGCAGGCAACACUGCUGGGGGCUAUGGUUCAGUCUAUGGUGCCAGCUACGGGUAUUAGUUGUUGGUAUCACUGAGAUGGUAAGUUAAGUGCGGGCUCACUAGCGAAAAUCAGAGAAAUUUUAGGGGCAGUUGUAAUGUUGUACUGAGAUGCUGUUAUUAGUUGUCUGCUUUUCAUUUGUGGAAAGUCUGUUAGGUUUCUUCUGUACACUAGGUGGACCUUGGGGUUGGGCCUGAGUGCUCUGCCCCAUCCCUCCAGUGAUUUGGAGGCUGAUUCUUCUAUACUUGUUCUGUUUCAAUCAUACCAUUUCUUUCUUCCCUUUUUUUU